AUUUGCAGCGCGGCAUUGGUCACGAGGCAAAGUCUGCCCAAGCAUCCUAAAAGCAGAGUAGCAACAGAGAAGCCGAUUGGCCGGAGAGGAAGGCAGCAGCUGAAACAGCUAUGUAAACACUUUCCCUCUCUCCGUGCACGCCCCCUCCCCAGGUAAUUAUAGCUGGGAUGCUGGUGACGACAGUCGUCCCAUCGAGACUUCAAAUGCUGGAAUACAUUUGACAUUAUGAUAUUUGAUCCCGACUCAGCAGGGGAGCGCGCUUUCAGGAGCGGGGUGGGGGUGUGUGGGGUAUAAAGCCAGGGGGAGCCCGGCUGGAACAGAAGAUGUUUACCCUUUACCGAUCACAGCUCCACCGCUCCUAACUCCCCAGGACAGAAGGAAGGGAGGGAGGGACCCUUUUUAAAUCGAGUCGGCGCUAAUUUACGUAACAGAGCAGAGGGGAGGAAAAGCAAAGGGACGCACCACGGAGAGAGGAUUUUGACAAGUGGAAGUGUCAGAGAACAGAGCAAACUGUGUGGAGAUCAGAGUGGGUACAGGAUAAUUACCGGAGAGCAGGGGUUCAGGCCAUCGAUCCAUCUGUCCCUCGCUGGCAACCUGACAGCGACCUCUAAUAGGAGAGUGAAACAGGAGAAAGAGGCGGGGAAACUUUUAUCUGAAAGRGCCUCCGGGGAUCAAACGGCUUGCGUCAUGGCAGCGAUUGAUCUGGAGCUCAGGUUGGAGCGCGGCAACCGGGGAUGGGGGCAGGAGAGGCCAGAAACGAUGGACAACUUUGACUCGGAGAUGCAGGAGUGGGAGGAUCAGCUGCAGGAUAUCCAGAGGAAAAUUGAAGAGCUGUACACUGAAGUUCAGGCACGCAGAGGAGCAAAUGAUCUUCCUGGGGAUGACCAGAAACAUUGUGUUCCAUUGGAGUCUGGACUAAGGCACCAUGGCGAUGGUCUCUUUGGGCUCGGCCACCACAGUACCAAUCUACAUCCCUAUGGCCCCAACGGGUGCAGCCACCCCAUGAGUCAUCAACAUGGCUAUGGCUACUGCCACACCAGCGGAGUCUCAGAGAUUGGAGACUUACUGCAGGAUUAUUUGGUGAAGGGCAAAAAAAUGAGCCGGAAGAACAACGGCGCUCGUCACGUGCACUUCAGUGACGUAGUGAAGGUGAACCAAGACAUUUCUGCAUACCAGGAUAAAGGUGGAAGUAGACCAGGAAAUAAUCGGCUUCAACAAGAGCCAUAUGCAGGAAGUUUUGAAGAAAGUGAGAACAGGAAGAACCGAGUGUCUCACAUGAAGAGCUGCAGAGAGAGUUCCCCCAUCAAGGACAACACAGUUGCCAAGCCCCCUGUUGGACAGAGGGAUACCUCUGCUGUACAAGCACGCUUACAGUUCCCAGCUACGACAGCCGAGUCUCCCGCUUUGGACAGAAAAUCCUUCGGUCAAGGAGUCCUUGGAGACAGGAAGUGUCACAGUCCUUCUGUUCUGAAGAAGUUCGGAGCCAUGCUUCAGGAGAACGAGGGGAAAUUGCUCACUGAAUCAGGGGUGGUGACCCAUCAGGGACCAGAAGCAAAGUGUUCCACUCCCGGCUGUCAGCGCCGGGCUUUGGGAGUCAUUGGAGGAGCCAGCAAGGCGCACAUGCGUGUGCCUAACCAGAAAUGCCAAGCAGAUUCUGAUGUGCUGACAGCAGAGAUUGAGCCUGGCCAAGAAUGGGGCUCGGGAUUAGACUGUAGGCACGGCUACAAAGAGGAGAGAGGAAGCUAUAGCGGUUCCAAAGGCUCACAGUCUGCUCCUCAGCAGGGCCAGAGGAGACCGCAGGUGCUAAGGAGUCCAAAGAUCAGUCCCAGGGUUAACAGUGGGGAGAAAACAAGAAAGUCCUCACUCCAGCAGGUGGAGCCCAAAGUGGACUGCAGGGCCUCCGAUGGUUCUCCCGGAGCUCAGAGGACUCAAAGAGGACAGGAGUUGGCAAGCUGCAGCAGAUUGAGGGAUGAAGGACUUAUCGAGCUGUUGGACAUGCUGGAGAUCCAACAUGAGUACAGCUCUAGUCCCCGAACAGGAUUUACAGCCUAUAAACAAGAGACACAUCAGACAAACCCAGCCGAGAUGUCCUCAGCCAAGCUAAAGAAGAGUUUCUCUCGUCCUGCACGCCCUGCCAACCAGCGGCCACCUUCCAGAUGGGCCAGUCGCACCCCUACUGCCCGAAUCACCGCACCGUCUGGCCCAAUCUGUCAUCCACCGAGCCCCGUGACUCGCUCCCCGAGUCCUGCUCUGAAGCACCGGCCUCUCGUUUCCUAUUCUCUUCAGACAGAAACGGUCAUUAUGUGAUAACUUUUUGUCUUUCUUUUGAAACUGUAAAUAGUAACGUUUCUGUUCGAUGGGCUGCUUUAAGAGCGCUGCGCGAAUAGAUUUCCUUACAAUGACGUGUUCAUCCACAACAUUCUCCGGUGUUGCUGUAGCUUGAAAUCUCCUCUGUGUCAAAACUUUGCAAACACAUCGACAUAUUGCUCUGUUGCUUCCCCUCCCCCACUUAUCCAUAUUAUUCUUUAUCUUUUGUAAUGAAUUUAAGUGUAUUUUUUUCUGCGCAAUGUGACUUAGCAUGCAACUCUACAUUUAGGGUUUGUGUGUUCAGUCUUCACGGUUGCCAUGUCAAACCAAUGGGAGACAAAGUUGAUAUUGCACUUGUCGUGGCAACCUGUCAAUAAGUGUGUUUGACUGUAUCACAACGUGUUAAAGCUGUUCAAAAAAUAAUUGUGACAAAAGAUUUUAUUAUGCCUUUGAUGUAUUUUCUUGGUAAUAAAUGACUGCUCCAUACAAAGACUUGA